UAUAAUUUAUAAUUAAUCUCAAUAAAAAAUAACUAAUAAGUAAUACAGCAAAUAUAAUUUUGGAGGGUCCUUAAUAUUUAUUGAGCACAGAAAUUAUGGCUCGCAUGCCAAAGGAACAAGGGGAAAUAUUAAAAAAUGAAGAAGUACUACAAAUGAAGUAUGAGGAAAAUAACAAAAUAACAAAAAAAUUUAUGGAUGAAAUCAAUGAAAUGAAAAGUAAGAUAGAUGAUUAUGAUAACCAUAGUACACCAGAUGUUAAACACAAACCAAAACCAAUUAGAUCUUCAGAAUUUAAUACAUUUAUGAAAAUUAUUGAUACUGGUGAUACUAUUGAAGAAUUCAAGACUGUUUCGAGUAAAGAAAUAACUAUAAAAAAUUAUGUAUUACAAAAAGAAAUUGACCGUUUAAACAAUGAACUAGUGAAAAAAGAUGAUCUAAAUGACCAUUUACAAGAAGAAAAUAAAAAACUAACUGAAGAAAAAGACAAAUAUGUUCAUCAAGUAUCAUUACUCAAAGAGAAAAUAAGAAAACACGAUAGAGAAGUUGAACAUUUAACUGGAACAUUGAAAACUAGAGAUUCUGAGGUAAACAGAAUACUGAAAGAUAUAGGAUCUAUAGAGAGAAAAUUUAAACAUGAACAAAUCAUACACGAAAAACAAAGAGCAAUUUUCAUAAAAUCUUCAGACGAGAACAAACAGCUAAAAGAAACUGUAAAAAAGCUGGAAGCCGCAAAUAAAGAGGCUGAAGAAAAGUAUACAAAAGCAUUAUCUAAGAACGACGAUAUCUUGGCAAAAUGUGUUAGAGAAAAAGAUGUACUAAUUACUGGAUUCAGAAAACAAUUGGAAUUAAUUGAUUCGCUGAAGAGACAAAACGUACGAACAAAGUUACAAGAAGAAAUAAAUGUUUUAGAAAAUGAAUUUAGUAAACUUCUAGAGGGUAAAUAAGAUUAUUUAUUAGAUAUGUCAUAGGUGUCAAAAAUUAACUUACUAUUCUUCUGUAGCCAAGUUAGGUUUAUCUUGAGCAUUAUCCUCAUCAGAGCUCAUUUUGAAACAAAAAUAUGAAUUAAGUACCUACCAAGGAAAUAACGAAAAUGUUCUUUGCUUAAACUUUAUGGUACCAGUUGCCCACUUAUUGUAUUCCUACAAUGUUUAUUGUUUAGUUACAAGACAUUUGAAUUUAAUAUGAAGUUUCUAAAAAAUAAAUUAUAAUUUAUAACUGACUUCAGUGAGUUAGUCACUUACUUGUUGUAAAAUGUAAAUAA